AUGGGAAAUGGAAGCAACACUCGAGUGUGGUUCGAUACAUGGGAUAACGUAUGUCCUUUGAAUCUCUUUAUUACUCCUAGAAUGAUUGCAAAUGCAGGUUAUGAUAUGGGGGAAAGGGUCGCAAACGUGUAUCAUAAUGGAGAGUGGGGUUGGCCGAUCUCAUGGGUAAAUAGAUUUCCCGUUCUGCACCAGCUUGCUAAUGUUACACUAGUGCCUCAAGUGCAAGAUAGGGUCAUUUGGAGAACUAGAGAUGGUAAAGACACAGAUUACAACACCUACGAAGUGUGGAAUGAUAUUCGGAUGAGUCAAGAAAAGGUUACUUGGGAGAAUGUAGUAUGGUAUCCUCAAGCGAUUCCUAGACACGCUUUUCUCAUGUGGUUGAUAGUUUGCAAGAAGCUGAAAACUCAAGAUGUUAUGAGCAAAUGGCGAUCUUCAGGUAAUGCAAAUUAUAACCUGAUGUGUUGUUCGUUAUGUGUAUCGGGGCCAGACUCGCACAAUCAUCUAUUUUUCGAGUGUGAAUAUGCUUCACAAAUUUGGUAUGGAGUUCGGGAAAAGGCGGGCAUGCAAACGAUAGGGGAAAGAUUGGAAAUUAUGAAUUAUCUUACGCAGCACGCGGGGUCUAAACGGGCCAUUCACAUUAUUGGGAAGCUAGUGGUGGCAGCGUCGGCGUAUUUGGUUUGGCAAGAGCGAAACAACAGAUUGUUCACUUCGAAGAAAUGGAGUGCAAACCAGCUAAUAGAGGUAAUUCUAAUGACGAUCAGAAUGAAAUUGCACACUAUGAAGUUCAAAAGAACGGGUAACAUCCCCCAAGUGUUGAAUGAUUGGCGGCUCCCACGUGAGCUAUUGAUGGAUCAAGAUGAGUGUGGCUGA